GAAUGAUAAAUGAAUAUGUAUCUCCAGGUGAUAUCAACGCGUCAGAUGGAGACCGAGGAUGGAACCCUAUACCUGGAUAUGAAGUGUGGGAACCUAAUGCAGCAGAGAAUAUCUAGGAUACAAACAGAUCAUCAAGCUGUAGAGAUUGCCAGGCUUAUCAAACAAUAUAUAACAAUAGAUCAGAAGACCCGAGGAAUGAGCCUAGAGAGCACUAUUCCGGAAUCUAGAUCUGCUUCAAGGUCGGAGAAAUAUUAAUCUCAUCGAUAUCCUCAAACUUGGAACCCGGACCCUAGCUGUAUGAUAUGAUAUGAUAUGAUAUGAUAUGGAAUCAGGAAUCUAAACCCGAAUCAUGAACCAGGGUAACCUGAACCUGGAACCUAGGAUCCUUAACCUGGAACCUAGGAUCCUUAACCUGGAAUCUAAAACCAAUUAUCAUGAACCUGGAACCUGGAACCAGAAUUGUAAUUAUUAUCCAGAGGGCUUGUAUAUAUGCUAACUCAAGCCUUUGACCAUGACCUUUACUAACAAUAUAUUGUACGUUAGAGACAUUGCAGAAAUUUUUAGAUUAAGUUUCAUGAAAUACUCAUUUCAGAAGUUUGCUCAAUUUUUAGUUUAAAAUUUAUAAUUAGAAUUAUUGUUUACAAUGUUUUAAAAUUAUUUUAUUCAUGUUCCUAUAU